AUGCCAAAUAAUAACCCCCCGCCGCCCCCUCCACGGCCUCUGGGUCCCCCCAACUCAAACAGGGCACGUCCGCCACCCCCACCGCCACCUCCCAAAGCAAGAGCGCCUCCAAUCGGCGUUCCUGGGGCUAAAAACGGCAAAACACAACCUCCGCGUGCAAUCCCUCCACCUCCACGUAAUGUCCAUAACGCUCCGCCUCCGCUGGGCCAGCCGCCUCGUAAGAUUGCAAAGACCGGAGUCAAGGCCGACCUUACUACCCAAGAAUUGGAGUUGAGAGCAUCUACAUGGUUGAAUCUACAAAAGAAUCGGUACAAAAAGGCCUCAAUUGGGUCUGCCAAACCUAAAACCAGUAAUUUGUCACAGCCACAAACAAGCGAAAUGCCCCCUGAACAUUUGCGGAAGAUCAUGAUCGAUCACGGUGACUUAUCAAGUAAGAAAGUGGCUGCCGACAAGAGAGCACACUUGGGCUCGCUCAAAUACAUGCCACAUGCCAUCUUGAAGCUUCUAGAAAACAUGCCACAGCCUUGGGAAGCAGCCAAGGAAGUGAAGGUGCUAUACCAUGUGACUGGAGCCAUCACCUUCGUCAACGAGGUUCCUAAAGUCAUCGAGCCAGUGUACAUGGCCCAGUGGGCAUCGAUGUGGACAAUGAUGCGUCGUGAGAAGCGUGACAGAAAGCAUUUCCGUCGGAUGCGCUUUCCGCCUUUUGAUGACGAGGAGCCUCCAAUGGAUUGGAUGGAGAACUUGGAGGAUGCCUCUCUUCCAGAUCCGAUCCAGCUUGAUCCCGAGGAAAAUCCAGACUUGUCAGUUCUUGAGUGGCUCUAUGACGAGAAGCCAGGCGUUUCAGUGAGUGACUCAAUCAACGGUGAAUCCUAUAAGGCGUGGAGCUUCAGUCUUCCGGUGAUGGCUAAUUUGUAUAAACUCGCACAGCCUUUACUUCCCCAUGUCACUGAUCCCAAUUAUUUCUUUCUCUUUGACAAAAACACUUUCUUCACAGCAAAAAGUCUAAAUGUGGUGGUCCCUGGAGGACCCCGAUUCGAGCCCCUACAUAAGGACAAGAUCAACAACAAGGAGCUCGAAGAUUUCACCGAAUUCAACGCCAUUGACAGAAUCAUCUUCCGCGUCCCCAUGAAAACAGAAUACAAAGUUGCAUAUCCGCAUUUAUUCUCAUCAUUCAUCAAGGACGUGAGCGUGCCAUGGUUCCAUGAACCUCUCAACAACUUUGUUCCUGAUCGUGAAGCUCUCGACACUAAAACUCAUAAACCUGCAUUUGCAUUCAGCCCCGAAUACAACCCCAUUGUUCCACACCGCUCCUCUGUUCAGAAAGAGGAGGAAGCCCUAUUGGACUUCGAUCUCUCGGAAGUAUCUCUAUCAUCUUCUUUUGAGCCAUUCCUUUCCAAGAGCAAAAAUGAUGAUCCUCUUCCUCUAGAGACAAAAUAUACUGGAGUCGCUUUACAACUCCAUUGGGCUCCACAUCCCUUUAAUAGAACAGCAGAUGUCACCAUCAGAUCCCAAGAUGCUGCGCUCGUGAAAUCGUGGUACCAAGAACGCGCACCUAGCGGCGUUCCGACCAAAGUCCGUAUUUCCUACCAAAAGCUCCUCAAAAAGUCUGUUCUCAAUGAUCUCAAGAAUCCCCCGGGAUCUAAAGGUGCCUCUGCCAACCAGCGCCGAAUCAAGUUAUUACAAACACUCCGCUCGACAAAAUUCUUCAGAGAGACAACUAUAGAUUGGGUUGAAGCUGGCCUCCAGCUCUGCAGACAGGGACAUAACAUGCUCAACUUGCUUCUUCACAAACGUGGUCUCACAUAUUUGCAUCUUGACUACAACUUCAAUCUCAAGCCGACCAAGACAUUGACCACGAAGGAGCGAAAAAAGUCCAGAUUUGGCCAUGCUUUCCACCUAAUUCGUGAGCUUCUUCGUGUUGUAAAGAUCAUUGUCGAUUCGCAUGUUCAAUUCCGACUCGGCCAAGUCGAUGCUUACCAACUUGCUGAUGGUAUUCAUUACAUUAUGAAUCAUUUGGGACAAUUGACAGGUAUCUACAGAUACAAGUAUAGAGUGAUGCAUCAAAUCAGAGCUUGUAAGGACUUGAAACACGUCAUCUACCACAAUUUUAACAAGAACCUCCAAAAGGGUCCUGGGUGUGGAUUUUGGCAACCAUCUUGGAGAGUUUGGCUCUCAUUUGUUCGUGGUCAAAUUCCUCUUCUCGAAAGAUGGCUUGGAAAUCUUUUGGCAAGACAAUUUGAGGGCAGAAGAAGUAAAGAUGUGGCUAAGACAAUCACCAAGCAGAGAAUUGACUCUUACUAUGACUUAGAGUUGCGUGCACAGGUGAUGAAUGAUAUCAUGGAUAUGAUUCCAGCUGGUCUCAAGGAGAAAAAAUCAGCUGUUGUUCUUCAGCAUCUCAGUGAAGCUUGGCGGUGUUGGAAGGCGAACAUUCCUUGGCAGGUCCCAGGAAUGCCCAAACCGAUCGAGGACAUUAUCAAUCACUACAUUCAAGAGAAGGCCAACGGAUGGAUUUCUAUUGCUCACUACAACAGAGAAAGAAUCAGAAGAGGCGCUACAGUCGAGAAAACUGUUGUCAAAAAGAACGUUGGGCGUCUUACCAGACUUUGGGUCAAAGACGAGCAAAACCGCCAAAGUGAUUUCACCAAAAACGGUCCUUUCGUUGCUCCUGAACAAGCUGUAGUCAUCUAUCAAAAUAUGGUACAAUGGCUUGAUUCGAGAAACUUCAGCGCGAUUCCAUUCCCGCCGCCUGCUUUCAAACAUGAUUCCAAAUUGCUUGUGUUGGCUUUGGAGAAUCUUAAAGAAAACUACAAUGCCAAUUCACGUCUUAACUCCGCUCAAAGAGAGGAAUUAGCAUUGAUUGAGCAGGCAUAUGACAAUCCCAAUGAGACCUUGGCUCGCAUAAAAGGAUAUUUGAUGUCACAGAGAAGUUUCAAGGAGGGUGGUUUAGAAAUGAUGGAUCAUUACAAUCAUCUAGUUCCUACCUAUAAUAUUGAUCCUCUCGAGAAAAUUACGGACGCUUAUUUGAAUCAAUACCUUUGGUACGAAGCUGACAAGAGAAAACUUUUCCCUAAUUGGGUAAAGCCCUCUGACGACGAAAUCCCGCCUUUAUUGGUAUACAAGUGGUGUCAGGGUAUUAACAAUCUUGAUGGUGUCUGGGAUACUUCGCGCGGAGAAUCAAACGUCAUGUUUCAUACCACACUUAACCGUGUUUCGGAGAAUAUUGACUUCACGGUUCUAAAAAGACUCCUCGGCCUCAUCAUCGAUCCGAUGAUUGUUGACUAUAUUAUCGCCAAGAAUAAUAUAUUCUUAUCGUACAAGGACAUGAGCCAUUUGAACAGUGUUGGAUUAAUUCGAGGCCUCCAAUUCUCCUCAUUUGUGUAUCAAUUCUACUGUCUUGCUAUAGAUCUUCUUAUCUUGGGAAUCGAUAGAGCAAAUGAAUUGGCAGGACCUGUGCAACAACCAAAUCUGUUCAUGCAGUUUAAGGAUACUACAACAGAAACGUCCAGUCCUAUUAGAUUGUACAUGAGAUAUCUCGAUAAAAUCUAUAUUUUCUUCCGCUUCAAUCGAGAGGAAGCCGAAGACUUGGUAAACGAUUAUCUAUUGGAAAAUCCCGAUCCGAAUUUCGAGGCAAGCGUUGGCUAUAAUAAUCAUCGUUGUUGGCCGAGAGACUCGAGAAUGAAAUUGAUGCGCAGUGACGUCAACUUAGGUAAAGCGGUACACUGGGAAGUUUCUGCAAGAAUUCCCCUGUCACUCACGGAAGUCAAGUGGAGUGACACAUAUGCUUCAGUUUAUUCGCCAGAAAACCCAAACAUUUUGUUUACUCUUUGCGGCUUCGAGGUGAGAAUUCUCCCAAAAAUUAGACAGGAGGCUCAAACACUGGAGGGUAUUUGGGAUCUCGUUAAUCAAAAGACCAAGGAGCGUACAGCCAAAGCGUUCUUGCAAGUAUCAAAAGAUGAGGUAGACCGGUUUGAAAAUAGGAUCCGCCAAAUUCUCAUGUCUUCUGGCUCAGCCACUUUCACCAAAGUUGCAGCCAAAUGGAACACAGCGCUUAUUUCCCUUUUUGCAUAUUAUCGUGAGGCAAUCGUAGCCACUGCUUCUAUUUUGGAUGUGUUGGUCAAAUGCGAGACUAAGAUCCAAAACAGAAUCAAAAUGGGAUUGAAUUCCAAAAUGCCCUCUCGUUUUCCACCUGCUGUAUUCUACACCCCUAAAGAACUCGGUGGCCUCGGAAUGUUGAGUGCCUCUCAUAUCCUUAUUCCUGCCGCCGACUUGAAAUGGUCUAAACAGACAGAUGCUGGAAUCACCUACUUCAGAUCAGGAAUGACUCACCAGGAAGAACGUCUCAUUCCUACUAUCUUCCGUUAUAUCACAACUUGGGAGAACGAAUUUUUGGAUUCGCAACGAGUGUGGGCUGAAUAUACCAUCAAGAGGCAUGAAGCCGCUGAACAAAACCGCCGUCUUACUUAUGAAGAUAUGGAGGCUAGUUGGGACAGAGGUUUGCCCAGAAUCAGUACCUUGUUUCAAAAGGACAGACAGACCUUGGCCUAUGACAAGGGACACCGUGUCAGACGUGAAUUCUCACAAUACAGUUUGGCUAGGAACCAACCAUUUUGGUGGACUAGCAGUCACCACGAUGGAAAAUUGUGGAACUUGUCGUCAUACAGAACAGAUGUCAUACAAGCACUCGGCGGUGUCGAGACUAUUUUGGAGCAUACAUUAUUUAAAGGUACUGGAUUUGACUCUUGGGAAGGUCUUUUCUGGGAAAAAGCGUCCGGUUUUGAAGACUCACUUAAGUUCAAAAAGUUGACAAACGCACAAAGAUCAGGUCUCUCCCAAAUUCCAAACAGACGUUUCACAUUGUGGUGGUCGCCAACAAUUAAUAGAGCCAAUGUCUAUGUUGGAUUCUUGGUGCAACUCGAUCUCACGGGUAUUUUCUUGCACGGUAAAAUUCCAACGCUUAAAAUUUCAUUGAUUCAGAUUUUCCGCGCUCAUUUGUGGCAGAAGAUCCAUGAGAGUUUAGUCCAAGACAUAUGUCAAGUUCUUGAUAAAGAGCUUGCAGUACUCAGAAUUGACUCUGUGGAAAAACAAGCCAUUCAUCCAAGAAAAUCGUAUAAAAUGAACUCCUCCUCGGCAGAUGUUGUUUUGACUAGCACGUACAAAUGGAACAUAUCCCGUCCAUCCCUUCUUCAUGACAAGAAUGACAACUAUGAAGGAGCAACGGCCAACAAGUACUGGUUGGAUGUGCAGUUGAGAUAUGGUGACUAUGACUCCCAUGAUAUUUCAAGGUACACCAGGGCCAAAUUCUUGGACUACACCACUGAUAGUACAAGUUCCUACCCAUGCCCCGCCGGAGCAAUGAUAGGAGUGGACUUAGCUUACAACGUUUAUGACGUUUAUGGUAACUGGUUCCUGGGAAUGAAACCUUUGAUGCAAAAUGCCAUGAAAGAGAUUAUGAAAGCAAACUCUGCACUUUAUGUUCUUAGAGAACGUGUCAGGAAAGGGCUUCAAUUGUAUCAAGCGCAACCUCAGAUUUCCCUCUUGAACUCCUCCAACUAUGCGGAAUUGUUUAACAACGAUACGCAACUCUUUGUUGAUGACACCAAUGUCUACCGAGUGACUGUUCACCGCAACCCCGAAGGUGGCUUGAACACAAAGCCAACCAACGGUGCAGUGUUUAUCUUGAACCCAAAAACAGGUCAGUUGUUUCUCAAGGUUAUCCACUAUUCUGUAUGGGCUGGUCAGAAACGUCUUGGUCAAUUGUCUAAAUGGAAGACUGCCGAAGAAGUGGCCGCUCUCAUUAGAUCACUUCCUCGUGAAGAGCAUCCAAAACAAUUAAUUGCUACAAGAAAGGGUGUUGUUGAUCCUUUGGAGGUACAUAUGUUGGAUUACCCAAACAUCACUGUUCGUUCUUCUGAAUUGCACUUACCGUUCGCUGCUGCACUUAAGAUUGACAAAUUAUCUGAUGUGGUCACAAAAGCUACAGAGCCACAAAUGAUGUUGUUCAAUUUCUAUGACGAUUGGCUCGAGAACACCUCAUCUUACACUGCGUUCUCCAGAACAAUUUUGCUUCUCAGAGCUCUCGGAAUAAGCACUGAAAGGACAAAUCUCAUUCUUCGCCCAGAUGCAAGUAUAGUCACUGAGCCGCACCAUUUAUGGCCCUCGCUUACGAUGGAACAAUGGCAAGACGUCGAAAAGCUGCUUCUGGACUUAAUUCUCAAUGACUAUGCCAAGAAAAACAAUGUGAACGUUCAAUCCCUCACACAGCUGGAGAUCAGAGACUUGAUCUUGGGUCAAGAGAUUCGUGCACCUUCCGCCAAGCGACAGGAGCUUGCAGAGCUCGAGGAUGGUUCAAAAACUUCUAACGAUAUGGCAAAUGCUAACCAACAGUUGACAGCCUUGAAGUCAACCACACAAAAUGUACAAGGAGAGCAAAUCACGACCAUUACCACCACCAAUUAUGAACAGCUGGCUUUUAGCUCUAAAAAUGAGUGGAGAAAUCGUGCAAUCGCUGCAAACAACCUCCACUUGCGCACCAAGAACUUCCAUGUUUUGUCAGAUGAGCUCACUGAUGAGGGUGGACAUACUUACAUUAUGCCCAAGAAUCUUAUCAAAAAGUUCGUCCAAAUUUCGGACGUCAAAACACAAAUUGGAGGUUUCCUUUACGGUUCCUCGCCUCGUGAUUACGGGGGUGUGAAAGAAAUCAAAGCAAUUGCCAUGGUCCCUCAGUUGGGAAGUACUCACUCUAUUCAAUUUCCAAACACGCUCUACGACUCCAAGCAUAAUGAUUAUAUUGAAGACAUGGAGCUUUUGGGAUGGAUUCAUACACAGAAUCAAGAGGUCAACAUGUUGACUUCUAUGGAUGUGACCACCACCGCUCAGUUCGCCGCAAAUAAUCCAGAUAAAUGGAGUCCUGAAUCGCUCAUCAUGACAGUGUCGUUCACACCAGGCUCUGUCACUCUUGCUGCAUACUCAAUGCCUCAACCUGCCUACGAGUGGGGAUUCCAAAAUAAAGACAUGAUAUCCUCGAGUCCUGCCGGGUUCAGUCCUCACUACGGAGAGAAAAAACAGCUUGUUUUGUCUGACAAAAUCAUGGGAGCAUUCUUGGUACCCGACGAUAAAAUCUGGAACUACUCAUUCCUCGGCCCAGUUUGGGACGCUCAUAGCGAGUUCAACUUGGAAAUGGAUGUCCCUAUUUCGUUUUACCAUGAAUCUCAUCGUCCACUCCAUUUCCAACAAUUUGCAGAGAUUGAAGGAAACGAGUUGGAAGCUACUCAACAAGAUAACUUUAGUUAG